AUAACACUCGACAUGUCAUAAAUCUACUUUAAUGUGUUGUUUUUGUUUUGUUGUCAUUUGUUCGUCCUUCAGGAAAGAAUCGGAUGUCCAUCCCCCUCCAGGACUGAUCAACCCCUUCGGCUCUGGAGAAGAGGAACGCAGGUUGUUGCAGAGCUACAUUCAGCAAAGUCUACGCAACAGCCAGGGAAGUCCUGACAUCACUUCCUGGGAGCAAGAGGUGUUCUUCCUGUUUCGUCUCUACGAUUAUGAUCGCAGCGGAUUCUUGGAUGGCUUGGAGAUCAUGAAGCUGCUCUCUGACUACAACUCCCAUCAUGCACUAGGACCAGAGGCCAAUGAGCAUGUGGUGUCCAUGGUGGAUUUCUUACUACAAACUCAGGAUCUAAACCAGGAUGGCCUGCUGGACCCUUCAGAGCUGCUGUCGCCUUCAUUUAUUAACACACAGGGCUCAAGCAACAACCAAACUCCUCAUCAAGAGCAGGAGUUGGCAGAAGAGAACAUGCAAUCAAACACAUUUACUGUGGAGUCGAAUGCAGGAGCAAUGGAGCAGAAAGGCGAGCAGCAACUGGACGUAAUGACGCUUCAGGACGAACCCAUAAAGCAAACAGAGGAACAUCAAGAUCAAGAACUUCCUAAUGUGCUAGCAGAAACCCACCAUGCCCCUGUGCAUCAAGGACAACCAGAAAUAUAAAUAUUAACCACUUUACCAUUUAGCCUGCUGCAGAAAAAACUUUUAAAGAUAAAAUAUAAAUUAUAAAUUUAUCACUGUAAAUUGUAUUUUUUUUUUAUACGAGUCUCUAAGCAUAUUUUAACAAAUGGCUGUUAAAAUACUGGGCCUCUUCAAUGGCUUUCUGUCACAUUCUUUCUACGAAUAAAAUAAUUCCCACAGCUUUUACAAAGGUAGAGGUUUUAAAUUAAACUCAUAAUGCUUUCCAUAAAUUAAAAUGCUAUGAUUGGCAGAAAUAUUUCACAAAAAUAGUUUGUUCUCACAUGUUAGAAUACAAUAAAUAUAGAUAUGUCAGU